AGCGGCGGACGCGUCGGAGCCGCGGGCGGUCAGCAGGGUUUGUCCCUCCAGAGCAUGAACGCUCAGCCGUUCAGUCCCGGGUGGUGCUAGCAGGCCCCUUGGAAAGAAGAGUCAUGGCCGCAGCCGCAGCCUCUCACCUGAACCUGGACGCGCUGCGAGAAGUGCUGGAAUGCCCCAUCUGCAUGGAGUCCUUCACGGAGGAGCAGCUGCGGCCCAAACUGCUGCACUGCGGCCACACCAUCUGCUGCCAGUGCCUGGAGAAGCUCCUGGCCAGCAGCAUCAACGGCGUCCGCUGUCCCUUUUGCAGCAAGAUCACCCUCAUCACCAGCCUGGCGCAGCUGACCGACAACCUGACGGUGCUGAAGAUCAUCGACAAGACGGGGCUCAGCGAGGCGGUGGGGCUGCUCAUGUGCCGCUCCUGCGGACGGCGGCUGCCGCGGCAGUUCUGCCGGAGCUGCGGUGUGGUGGUGUGCGAGCCGUGCCGGGAGGCGGAGCACCCGCCGCCGGGGCACUGCACGCUCCCGGUCAAAGAGGCCGCGGAGGAGCGGCGGCGGGACUUCGGCCGGAAGUUGGCGCGUCUGCGGGAGCUCACGGGAGAGCUGCAGCGGCGGAAGGUGGCCUUGGAAGGCGUCUCCAAGGACCUUCAGGCCCGGUAUAGGGCGGUCCUCCAGGAGUACGGACACGAGGAACGCAGGGUUCAGGAAGAGCUAGCUCGCUCCCGGAAGUUCUUCACGGGCUCGCUGGCCGAGGUGGAGAAGUCCAACAGUCAGGUGGUGGAGGAGCAGAGCUACCUGCUGAACAUCGCCGAGGUGCAGGCCGUGUCCCGCUGCGACUACUUCCUGGCCAAGAUCAAGCAGGCCGACGUGGCACUCCUGGAAGAGGCGGCCGACGAGGAGGAGCCCGAGCUCACGGCCAGCCUGCCCCGGGAGCUCACCCUGCAGGACGUGGAGCUCCUCAAGGUUGGCCACGUUGGUCCCCUCCACAUCGGGCAGGCGGUCAAGAAGCCCCGGACGGUCAACAUGGAAGACUCGUGGGCCAUGGAGGCGGCGGCCUCUGCAGCCCCUUCCUCGGUUACGUUUAGAGAGAUGGACGUGAACCCUGACGACGUGGGGGCCAGCCCAAGGGCCUCACCUGCCAAGCAGCGGGGUUCUGACCCGGCCGCCAACAUCCAGCAGUGCCUCUUUCUCAGGAAGAUGGGGGCCAAAGGCAGCACCCCGGGCAUGUUCAACCUCCCGGUCAGUCUCUACGUGACCAGUCAAGGCGAGGUGCUGGUUGCUGACCGCGGCAACUACCGCAUUCAAGUCUUUACCCGAAAAGGCUUUCUGAAGGAAAUCCGCCGCAGCUCCAGCGCCAUGGAUAGCUUUGUGCUGAGCUUCUUUGGGGCCGACCCGCCCAACCUCACUCCUCUGUCAGUGGCCAUGAACUGCCACGGGCUGAUCGGCGUGACUGACAGCUACGACAACUCGCUCAAGGUAUACACCUUGGACGGCCACUGCGUGGCCUGUCACCGGAGCCAGCUGAGCAAACCCUGGGGCAUCACAGCCCUCCCAUCCGGCCAGUUUGUGGUGACCGAUGUGGAAGGUGGAAAGCUCUGGUGCUUCACGGUUGACCGAGGUGCGGGGGUGGUCAAAUACAGCUGCCUCUGCAGCGCCGUGCGGCCCAAGUUUGUCGCCUGUGACGCUGAAGGCACUGUCUACUUCACGCAGGGCCUGGGUCUCAACCUGGAGAACUGGCAGAACGAGCACCACCUGGAGGGCGGCUUCUCCAUCGGCUCCGUGGGCCCCGACGGGCAGCUGGGUCGCCAGAUCAGCCACUUCUUCUCUGAGAACGAGGAUUUCCGCUGCAUCACGGGCAUGUGUGUGGACGCCCGUGGUGAUCUCAUCGUGGCUGACAGCAGUCGCAAGGAAAUCCUCCACUUCCCCAAGGGUGGGGGCUACAGUGUCCUUAUUCGAGAGGGGCUCACCUGUCCGGUGGGCAUUGCCCUCACUCCAAAGGGGCAGCUGCUGGUCCUGGACUGUUGGGAUCACUGCAUCAAGAUUUACAGCUACCAUCUGAGAAGAUACUCUACCCCUUAGGGGCUGGGGAAUAUCCGUUUCUUCUGCUCCCCAACCACCUGCCCUUAUCUCUUGGUGGCGGUACUGUAGAGUAGACUUGGCCUGUGUCUUGACUCCAACUGGCUAUUCCUAGAAGUUUAGAAGCUCUGACUUUUCGCGUUGUUGUUGUUGUUUUAAUUUGUAUUCUUUCCUCUCAGAGUUUAGAGCUUUAACUAACAGAUGCAGUAUCCCCCAUAGGACACGUGAUUUGAGGUUAGCUGACAUUUGAUUAGAACGUAGGCCCUUCCAAGGCUUCAGUAGAGAGCCUUCUGCCCCUGUAUUUGAAAUCGUCCCUUGUAUUGAGUCCUUGUUGAUUCCCCCCCUUUCGGCUUUGGUAGCUCUGGUCCCUUCCUUCCUUCCUGUUCUAACAUGCUCCAUCGGUGGCGCUUUCCCUUUAACUUGCUGCAUUCAGUGUGCACGCUGCACUGGGACCUACUUCACCUUUCCAUGACACUUCAGACAUCACACCCCUGUGACGUGUCUCAGGUCUGACCGCCUGUACCAGUCUGAGACCGUUCGCUUACUGUCACCAUGGGAGCUCCACACUCCCCACCGGGAAGCAGUACUUUCCUGCCUCUAGGGGUUUUGCGAUGUCUUGGAUUGGUUUCUAAUUUCAGGUGUGACCAAAAAUCCAGGGCAGAAAAUGGAGCGACCCCCGUUGGUUGGUGUUGAAGACUUUAGCCUGGGAAUCGCUUGCCUUUUAAAGGAGCACGUGGAUUGGAAAAGCUAUGCCAAAGCACAGGAAGAUGGAAAUAAAAAUAAAUGCUACUAUAGUCAGUAGACAUUAAUGAGUAGUCUCUAGAGCACAUCCAUAUUUCAUAUUAACCUCUCUCCACUGACCUGUGGUAGGAGCUGUCUGUGGAAUUGUACAACACAGGCCAGGGCCAAGAAAGUGGGGAGGUGGACGCAUCUCAUUUUCAUUACUAAAACAAAACUAUUGGGUCUUCAUUGUGCAUUUUCCCCAAGUGAGUGCAUCAUUUUUGGUUGGGGGAUUUAUUUCCAUCCCUCUA